GUGACUACAACAAAGGGCGGCGGGCGCCGGGCGUCCGUGACCGAGUCUCCCGGAGCUGCUCAGAGGCCGAGCCGUGGCCCCGCGCCUGCCCCGCUCCAGAUGAAGUGUGAGCACUGCACGCGGAAGGAAUGUAAUAAGAAAACAAAGACCGAGGACCAAGAGAAUGCGUCAGUCGGCGUACCGAGCCUGGCCCAGGACCAUGCAGAGAAGGGAGAAUUCCAUAAGUUGGCUGAUGCCAAGAUAUUUCUGAGCGACUGCCUGGCGUGUGACAGCUGUGUGACCGCGGAGGAGGGACUCCAGGUUUCUCAGCAGAACGUCAAGGACUUCUUUCGAGUUCUGAACCUCAAUAAGAAAUGUGACCCUUCACAGCACAAGGUGCUGGCAGUGUCGGUGUGCCCUCAGUCUCUGCCUUACUUUGCUGCCAAAUUCCGCCUCAGUGUGACUGAUGCUUCCAGAAGACUCUGCGGCUUCCUCAAAAGUCUUGGGGUGCACUAUGUGUUCGAUACAACAAUAGCCGCGGAUUUCAGCAUCCUGGAGAGUCAGAAGGAGUUCGUGCGUCGAUACCAGCAGCACAGCGAGGAAGAGCCCGCGCUGCCCAUGCUCACCUCCGCCUGUCCAGGCUGGGUCCGAUACGCCGAACGGGUGCUGGGCCACCCCGUUACCCCCCACCUGUGCACCGCCAAGUCUCCUCAACAGAUCAUGGGCUCUCUAGUGAAGGAUUAUUUCGCCAGGCGGCAGAACCUGUCCCCAGACAAGAUUUUCCAUGUUAUUGUGGCUCCUUGCUACGAUAAGAAACUGGAGGCCCUUCGAGAAGACUUCCCCACCGCUCCACAUGGCUUCCGGGGUGCUGACUGCGUAUUAACCUCAGGUGAAAUCGCUCAAAUAAUGGAGCAAAGUGACCUCACGGUGAAGGAUGCUGCCGUCGACACUGUGUUUGGAGGCCUGAAGGAGGAGGAGGUGAGGCGCCACGACGGAGCCAGCUCCGACGGGUACCUGGCGCACGUCUUCAGACACGCAGCCAAGCAGCUGUUUGACGAGGACGUGGGGGAGGUCACCUACCGCACCCUGAGGAACAAAGACUUCCAGGAGGUGACCCUUGAAAAGAACGGGGAGGUUCUGUUACGCUUCGCUGCUGCGUACGGCUUCCGAAACAUCCAGAACGUGGUUCUGAAACUGAAGAAAGGCAGGUUCCCGUACCACUUCGUGGAGGUGCUCGCCUGCGCGGGGGGAUGUUUAAAUGGCAGAGGCCAAGCCCAGACUGAGGACGGGUGCGCGGACAAGGCGCUGCUGCGGCAGAUGGAGGGCAUCUAUGCGGACAUCCCCGUGCGGCCCCCCGAGAACAGCGCCCACGUGCAGGAGCUGUACCAGGAGUGGCUGGACGGGGCCGACUCGCCCCGAGCCCAGGAGGCCCUGCACACCAAGUACCAGGGGCCCGGGCUCCCCGCGCUCAGCCGAGAUAUCAAGUGGUAAAGGUCGACCGCCCGGAGGGAGGCGCCGCGGAGCCUGGGAGCAGAGACACUGGGGGCAAACGCUCGGCUCCACAGCUUUCAGGAGUCUCUGCCCCUGGUUGCUGGUGGCCCCAUCACUCGGUUUGAUGUGGUGCUAACGUCGUGACGUGUGUAUGGCUGGAAUAUCUUGACACGAGAAGGAUUGCCCCAGUUUAAGUAUCCUUUUAUCUUAAGACUGAAAAAUAUCCCAAAGAACAAGAAUGAAGACAAACUACUAUCUUUUAGGCUUAAAAAAAAAAAAAUCCAAAAAGUGUCCGGAAGGUCCGGUUCACGGGCCUCUCAGAGCAGUGGACGAGGAAACGGCUGAGACGGCAGGAGGCACGUGGCCGCAGGGCGUGUGGGGCACUGGCCACUUACUCCUGAAAGGCUUUUGCCAGAACCUGCGUCCACUGCAUCGUUUUGGACUCGGGCUGAUACGCAGACCUGGUGACGGUGGCCUCGCUCCUCGCUGCUGGGCUGCCAGCGACCAGGCCUCAGGCCCGCGGUGUCCUGGCCCCAGAUGCGCACUUUCCAUUCAGCUGUUUGGGGCCGACGAGGCCUGGCAGGGGUGCCGCCCCAGGAGGAGGGGCCGGGGGGGGGGUCACUGCAGUCCCUCCCUUCCUGCCCGGCCCUGCCCCCUGUGAGCACGCCUUGAGGGGCACGCGAGGCUGUUCACCCACAGACGGGGCCGAAGCCGCUGGAGAGGCACAGGCCGCUCACGUCGGGGCUUGUCCUUGAAGUGACAGACCUCCACGCACGGCCUGGAGUUGGUCUCGAAGCACCUGGACCGUGGUAGCGGUGGUGGCGCUGCUGCCCCAGAGCCCUCCGUGCAGCCCCUGCAGGCUCUGUGUCUGUUGUGUUCCGUGUCGUGUUGUCCCUGCCCGGGCCAUAGCUGGGUGUUGUGUGCGAUUCUCUUUCUUUCAAUAUAUCCGUAGUCAGGGCUUCUCCUCCACAGUGACCGAUGAGGGAAUAAACAGCUGGAGAACGUG